AUCGCUUAGGAAAUUUCCCAUAUUCGAUUCAUUUCCUCAAAUUGAAACCUUCUCCCCACCUAUAAAUCUUCGAUCGUCGCCACCGAGUUUCCCUCAUACUCUGUUUUCCCUUCUCUCCCUCUUAUCUCAGAUUCAGAAAUUAUGGAAUUCCUACCAUUGGAGCUCACCGUGAUCUCUGCAAAAGAUAUCAAAGAUGUCAAUCUCUUCGGCAAAAUGGAUGUCUACGUCGUUGUUACACUCGCCGGUGAUUCCCGGACGAAGCAGAGAACCCCAAUAGAUAAAGACGGUGGCACGAACCCUAAUUGGAAUUUCCAAAUGACAUUCAAUAUCGACGAAGCCGCGGCUCUUAGGAACGGUGUUGUUCUCGUCUUUCAACUCCGUUGUGAUCGUAGUAUCGGCGGAGAUAAAGAUAUCGGAGAAGUACACGUCCCCGUUAAAGAGCUUCUCGAUAAUGCAGGGGAAGGGAAAACCGCCCAAUCUAUUUCUUAUCAGGUCAGGACAUCUUCUGGUAAACCUAAAGGCCAAUUGAAUUUCUCAUAUAAGUUUGGGGAGAAAAUUACACCUCCGGCGCCGAUCGUAACGAAGGGGAAUGAACCUGUCACCGCCUAUCCGGCGGUGGGAGGGGUGGCAGGGACGAGUGUGGCGUACCCGCCACCUGGGUCUAGUGGUGGGUAUCCUCCAUCUGGUUACCCUCUGUCACCACACGGGGGGUAUCCAUAUCCGCCGCCGCCGGUGGCGGGGUAUGGGUAUCCACCGCAGGGGGCUUACCAACAUCCACCACCAGGAUAUGGUUAUCCACCGGCGCCGGGGUACGGGUACCCUCCAAUGCAGCAGCAGCAGUCGAAGAAGAAGAAUAAGUUUGGGAUGGGAUUGGGAGCUGGGUUGCUGGGAGGAGCGCUUGGUGGGCUUUUGAUAGGGGAUAUGGUUUCUGAUGCUGCCUAUGAUGAUGGUUUUGCCGAUGCUGGUGGUUUUGAUUUCUGAUUUUUCCUUUUCCUUUUGGUUUUCUGAAUCUCUUUUCCUUCUCUGUAUGUAUCUGAAACUUAUAGUUUGAUCUGUUAUCUAUUUCUUUCCAUAUAAUUGCUUAAUCGUUUGGCUAA